CGUCUAAACUGGAAACGGUGCCUUCAUCUUAUUGGUUAGUCGGCGCGUGAGCUUGUCAAUUUCAGUGCUCGAGUUUAAAAAAAGUAUACUACAUACAUAAAGUGGCACGAAAAAAAAAAAAAAAAUUGAGAAAUAAAGUGGCGUCAUAAUACACGUUCGAAAUUCAAAUUAGUGUUUGUAAAAAAAAUCAAGCGAAUCUUGUUUUAUUUGUGAUGUUAAUGUGGAUUUGUGAGACAAUCAAGAAGUUUUAUUUUUAAUUUUUGUGAAAGAAUUAAGCACCAAAAUUUUUAUAUUUGUUUUAGAAAUUUCAUGUUCGUUAUUUUAAUAUUGUUAAAGAUUUUCACUUAACGUACGGGUUAUACCACAAUCAAUUUAUCUCUGAACACGAAAAAAAACCUGAUUGAAAUCUAAUUUAAUAAGAAGUCUUCCGGAUGACAUGAGAGGUGCAGCGAUGCGUGUGGGUGCGAGCGACGCGCGGCCGCGGUCGUCACGAUGAGAAGCUAUGCCCCGUCGAAAGCGCAGGCUCGCGUCGCGUAUUAGAGCCUACAUACGCGGUCUCCUGUCGUUCCUCUUCAGCAAUGUCGGGGUCAUUGUACUCGUCGUCGCUUAUACUAUAGCUGGUGCGUUUAUGUUCCAAGCUAUAGAAGGCGAGAGCGAGAUGGAAAGAAUGACACAUAUGGCAUUAGAAAGGAACAACACAGCUGAGAACCUUUGGCAGAACGUUACACUAGCACUCAACUUGUUCAACGAGACUGCUAUGAAAGAGAGGAUUACUAUAGAACUAAUACAUUAUCAAAAGAAAAUCGUGUUCGCUGUGCGUCACGGUUGGGACGGAGGUCGAUCGUCGAGGCAAUGGAGCUUCUCCUCAGCUUUCCUGUACUCCCUCACUGUUAUCACAACUAUAGGAUACGGUCAUUUAUCGCCCAGAACGAAUUGGGGUAAAGUGGUAACAAUAUUGUACACGCUUCUUGGGAUGCCUUUGUUCCUCCUGUAUUUAACCAAUCUUGGAGAGCUCCUAGCUCGGUGGUUCAAAUGUAUCUAUGCAUUGGUCUGCCACUGCAGGGGAUGUCCAGGAUUCACCAAAAGACGUGCUGCCAGAUUUAGACAGCAGUUGGAUAUAAGUGACGCUGAAAGUAUUGAGCGACCUCCACACUGGAAGUCUGGGUAUUUAGAUUCUGACUGCACUCCAGAAUACAGAAUUCCUCCGAAUGCUAGGGAUUUUCAAAGAAGGCCAGAUUACUUCCGCAGUGCUUCAAUGCCUCAGCCCUGGGAGAGGCGGGAGGCGCUCCCAGCACAGCCGCGGGGCUGGUCGGAGCCCCUCGCCUUCAGGACGGACUCGGAAGGCACCAGUGAAUUUAGCUAUGUCACUUUCGAUGCUCAAACGAUCACCGUGCCGAUCAGCGUCUGCGUAUGUAUUAUGGUUGGGUAUAUAAUAUUCGGCUCAAUGCUGUUCGGUAUGUGGGAGAAUUGGGACCAGCUGGACGGCGCGUACUUCUGUUUCAUAUCGCUCAGUAGUAUCGGCUUCGGCGACUUUGUGCCCGGCGAAAGGGUCUACACGCCUCGCAUUGAGACGUCGUUCAUUGCGUGCUCCAUGUACCUCAUGCUGGGCAUGGCCCUGGUCGCGAUGUGCUUUAAUUUGAUGCAGGUACGGUUAUAUAAGAUUUUGAAAAUAUUUGUUUUUGAAGUGAAACUUCUAAUGCGACUUCCAACAAGGUUGCGUUAAACGUUUAACGCUAUCGUACUAGAAAGAGACAGAGCGAGAGUGAAUGUGCGGCACUCGAACGAAUGCGGGUAGUAUACCUGUUACAGGCCAGCGCGAGCGUUAGCAACGAAUAGCGUCCAAUAUUUUAAUGAAGUAUUUCAUAAAAUAUAUAAUUAUAUUUAUUUUUCUAUCUAUAAUUUAAAAUAUAUUAUUAUAUAAUACAAAUGUUAAAGAUGUCGCAUCUCUUGUACACAGCAUUCCCUAUUACAAUUUGAUUUAAGGAUGAAAAAUGUCUAAAACCACAAUACUACAUACACAUCGAAAAAGAAGUUUCACUUCAUUCACGUGCACCAAGUUGCACGCACACUGUUUUUUUAUUUUUUUUAACAACUUUAAGCCUUAAGUCCUAUAGGACAAAAACUGUCCCAACCUUCGAAUGGCGUCUGGGUAGUGCCAACUACCCCUGAUCACAAGCUAUCUAACAUCUAACACUAUCGCUUGGUCUCCGAGACUUUGUUCUCGUGCCAAAGGAAAUGAAAUUUUCAGGAGCAAGUGAUACAUUACUUUGCUGGUCUGAAGAGGGUUCUGAAACGGGUUUCUCGCUGCAAGAGAUGACGUCACACCAGUCUUCAGCACCCCGACGUAUACGAUGUUGCCACGAAUUUGUCUGUAAACAAUAAAGACGUUUGUUAC